GAGCGGGGCCGCGCUCGCCCCCUGCGGUCCCGGAGGYCCGGCGGAAGCGGCGCGGGGCGCACAUGGCGCUGUACAGCGCGGCCGCCUCGGUGCUGGCGGGGCUGGAGCGUGGCGAGGGCGGCCUCAAGAGCCUCGUGUACAACAGCGGCUUCGCGCAUGUCCGGCAGCUGUACGCGCUGGUUUCCGAGACCCUUCGCUACGCCCCGGUGCUGGAGAAGCUGCUGGAUGGAGCCUCGCUGCUGCAGGCCGAGAAGAAGCUGCCCCCGCAGCUGGCGAAGGUCCUGGUGUAUGACCUGCUCUUCGGCAAGGGGGUCAAGUGCGGGGGCCGAUGGAAGGCGCUGGUCCGCCGGCACCGGGCACGGCUGGAGGCCGAGCUGGCCCGCAUGAAGGUGCGGCUCAAGGUGAGCCGCAACGAGGACCUGCUGGCCCCGGAGCAGGCGGUGAGCCCCACAGCCACCCAGGUCCCACGCUAUGUCCGGGUCAACACCCUGAAGACUUGUGUGGACGAUGUGAUUGACUUCUUCAAGCGCCAGGGAUACUCUUACUUGGGCAAGGCAGUAAGCCUGGAGGAGCUGAAGGCCCUCUCUGGAAAAAAAUUCUUGUUGGAUCUUCAUCUCCCGGAGCUGUUGGUUUUCCCUUCGCAGACAGACCUCCAUGACAACCUGCUGUAUACUUCAGGACACAUAAUUCUGCAGGACAAGGCCAGCUGCCUCCCUGCCUUCCUCCUUGACCCUGCUGCYGGCUCCCAUGUCAUCGAUGCCUGUGCUGCCCCUGGGAACAAGACGAGCCACCUGGCUGCCAUCCUAAAGAACAAGGGACAGAUCUUUGCCUUUGAUGUGGACCCCAAGCGCGUGGCCACCACAAACACRCUGCUGACACGGGCGGGGGUCACUGGCUGCCAGCUGGCCCAGCAGGACUUCCUGACUGUGGACCCCAGAGACCCCAAAUACAGCAGGGUGACCCACAUCCUUGUCGACCCAUCCUGCAGCGGCUCAGGGAUGGUGACCCGGGUGCCGGGGGAGGAGGCCCCGAGUGCUGAACGCCUGCAGGCGCUGGCUGGUUUCCAGCGCCGGGUCCUGAGCCAUGCCCUGAGCUUCCCGGCUCUCCAGCGCCUGGUCUACUCCACCUGCUCCCUACACCAGGAGGAGAACGAGGAUGUGGUUCAGUCUGUGCUGCAGGAUUGGGGUUCAGCCUUCAGGCUGGUGACCACCUUCCCAUCCUGGCCCUGCCGAGGACUCGCUGUCUUCCCUGGAGCAGAGAGCUGCCUCCGUGCUUCCCCAGCAGAGACGCUCACYCAUGGCUUCUUUGUGGCUGUGCUGGAGUUGUGCAGGGAAGGGGCUGCUGCUCCCAGCUCCCUGCCUGCAGCAGUCAAGGAGAACCUAGGAGAAGGAACAGAGCCAGGACUAGCUCCCAGGAAGAGGAAGAAGAAAAAGCAGCGAGUGAAAGAGUGAAACAUCUUCUGGACAGACCCUUGCACAUCUGGGGCUGUGGGGCAACACAUGCUGGACUGAACACAAGUCAAGCUUUGUGWCAGCUGCAGUCAUGGUGGGAAUUCUUUAACACCAGGGACUGAGUGCAAACACUGGGACCACCCUGGUGCCAGUAAGGGGGAACUGCUCACCCAGGGCUGCCCCUUGCAGCCAGCUUGGAGGCGGCCCCAGGUUUGCCUCCAAGGCAACCCCUACGUGGCAGUCUGCAGGACUGGGGUCCUCCAGCUGGAUUAAGGGUGGCGUUUUUAUCACGUUUAGAACUCCAACCCCCAGCCACCCAGCCUGAUGUGGAGGUUUGAAAAAACAUUUCACUGUAGGGRUGAAGCAGAUUAAAGUUCCUUUCUYUUCAUUGUSUUUUCCAGUCUGUGCAGUCCUGCCCUGAAAUUGCCACUGCUCAUAGUAGAGGCAAAGCGAGGGGAAAAAGAAAUUAAUAACAACCAUAACAACAAUCCUGGCCUUGCACCUGCCUUUGAACUGGGGUAGAGAGGACACAUGAGCCAGAGGGUGCUGGACCUGAACCCCACAAGCACCACCCUGGYCAGGAAUCACAUGGGCACAGCCAGGUGAACACAGUUGUUUUUAUUUUAAACCAGGGACAUAAGAAGCRAGGAAACAAAAAUUGCACAUUCACACUAAAAUCCUCAUCAGUCACACCAGGAAUGAUCCAAGUCUUCAGUCAGUUAAAAACCAGCCUCCUCCAAGGUACAAGGGRCUCUCCCAGCAGGGGCUGUGGGGUAAGAAAGGGACAGCCUGGCUCCUCACAGCUGUGUGGGAGCACGUGCACCAGCUACUUGGAGGGCAUCCGUCACCUGGUCCUUGCUCAUCCCCAUCUUGCCAGAACUGACCUGKCCAAUCCCUGGCACCUCAAGGAUGGGGAAUAUGUGCUCUCCUAGCCCAGCACUCUGCGUGUGGCACAGAGAAGGACCCCUGGGAUCAGUCUCAGGCAGGCACUAGCCCCUUCCCAUCUGCUUCAUCGAACUCCAAUGACACAUUUUCCCAGCCUGGCUGCUCUCAGCCCACUGUGCCCUCAGCCAUGCUAGUGGCUGAUGGCCAGAACACCCCCAGCAGCACCUGCGGGUCCUCURUGUCCCCUCACUAUGGGGCUGUGUCUCCUCUGUGCCACACAGAGCUCAUCACCUGCCCUUCCUGCUGGGAAAGAUGCCUCGUCCCUGGCAUUCAGCACCGUAAUAUGAGGGCUCCUGCUCCUCACCCUCAGAGAAAUAAUUAAAAAACAAAACCAAACAAACAUAAAAAGGUUUAGUCACAUCCACAUACAUCACAUUUAAAAGGAAGGGGAUGAUGUAGGGAACAGCAGGGGGAGCAUGGCAGAGCCCACAGGAUGCAGCUGCCUUUCCCAGCACAGUGCAUUCCCGUGGGUACAGCCAGGGUGGGAACAGCCAAACACUAACAGCUGGGGAACUGGCAACUUCACUGAACCAAGCUUGAAGGAAUUUGAAGGCAAUCUAGCUUAAAUAUAAAAAUAAAUUUUUAUUUUGUUAAAAAA